AUGGCUUCCGGAUUCAGCUUCAAAGGCGGUCGACCGCGCUGCUUCGCCUUUUGGCAGGAGUUCCAGAAAUGCUACGCAUCCGCCGAUACACCCUCGGACUGCAUCGCGGCCAAGGAGGAUUACCUCGAGUGUCUGCACCACACCAAGGAGAUUGCGCGCGCCAAGGAGAUCAAGGAUCACUGGCUCCAGCGUCAGGCGAAAGAGGCCCACGCCGCCCGGGAGAAGGGCGAGGUCAGAGCAACCAGCAGCAUCAUGGAUCUGGGGCUCAUCAACGAUGCCGGUAAGGAUAAGGGGGAUGGGGGCAAAAGCAGCGGCGAAGAGUCGUCGUAG